CUUCAUUAUUUUUUUUGCUAUCAUUUUUAAUGGAGUUAACGAUUUUCACAUAUCAAAAAUAUUAAAAUAACAUAUUCUUUUUGAAAAAAAAAACCUUUUAAAACUUGAUUUUUUUUUUAAAUAUUUUCAAUCACAAUUGAUCUGAAACAGAUAGUGUAAAUAAUAAGUAUAUGGAAGACAUCUAAAGCAGAGUAUACGAGAGCCCAAAAUGGAAGGGGUUUAGUCUCUCAUAAACAUGAUUGUGUUGCUUCUUCUUGUAGCUUCGUCUGGACUUGGAAAAUGCUUCCAUGCUUACAGUUACAGCAGGAGUGAUUUCCCGGAAGGUUUCGUUUUUGGAGCCGGGAUAUCUGCUUAUCAGUGGGAAGGAGCUUUUGAUGAAGGCGGGAGGAAGCCUAGCGUUUGGGAUACAUUCCUGUUGGUGCGGGAUUCAGCACCCCCGACAUACCGAACUAAACCAGAAAUACUAAUUGAUUAGUUAACCGGGAAACCGGUUAAGGGCUUGAUUAGGUCAACAAGAGGUCAGUUCGGCCAAAGCGUAGCCUCACUUCGGCACUCUCGUAAGAUGGAUAACGGAGACAUAGCUUGUGAUGGAUAUCACAAGUACAAGGAAGAUGUGAAGCUUAUGGCCGAAACUGGCUUACGUGCAUUCAGAUUCUCCAUCUCUUGGUCUAGGCUUAUUCUCAAUGGAAGAGGUUCCAUUAACCCGAAAGGUCUACAGUUCUAUAAGAACUUUAUCCAAGAACUUGUCAGACAUGGAAUUGAGCCACAUGUUACACUUUAUCAUUACGAUCAUCCUCAGUAUCUCGAGGAUGACUAUGGAGGAUGGAUCAACCGCAGAAUCAUCAAAGACUUCACUGCUUAUGCAGAUGUUUGCUUCAGAGAGUUUGGGCGCUACGUCAAAUUCUGGACCACGAUCAACGAGGCUAAUAUAUUCACUAUUGGAGGUUACAACGAUGGGAAUUCACCGCCUGGUCGUUGCUCCUUUCCGGGCAGAAACUGCUUGUUAGGGAACUCUUCCACUGAAACAUAUAUCGUCGGCCAUAACUUGUUGCUUGCGCACGCCUCUGUUUCAAGACUAUUUAAGCAAAAGUACAAGGAUAUACAAGGAGGUUCUGUAGGCUUUAGCUUAUAUGCAUUCGAUUUUACUCCUUCUACAAGCUCCAAGGAUGAUGAAAUCGCAACGCAAAGAGCCAAUGAUUUCUACCUAGGAUGGAUGCUUGAGCCUGUUAUAUAUGGACACUAUCCUGAUGCGAUGAAAAAAACCGUUGGAUCAAGACUGCCAGUUUUCUCAGAGGAAGAAUCAGAACAAGUUAAAGGGUCAUCUGACUUCAUAGAAACUAUACACUAUCUUACCGCUUCUGUGACAAAGAACGAAAUGAACCCUUCACUUUCAAGAAUCACAGAUUUUAACUCAGACUUGGGCGUAUCUAUUAAUAGCAGUUUCUUCUCUGAAGGACAAGUAUGUUGGUUCUCCAUGGGCUAUGGAAGGCAUCCUGGAGUAUAUAAAGCAGCGCUAUGGCAAUCCCCAGUCUACAUUCUUGAGAAUGGUAAAAUAAUGAAACAAGAUUUGGAGCUGCAACAGAAGGACACACCAAGGAUUGAGUACUUAGAAGCUUACAUUGGAGCAGUGCUGAAAGCCGUUAGGAAUGGAUCAGACACGAGAGGCUACUUCGUAUGGUCAUUUAUGGAUUUGUACGAGUUACUAACCGGAUAUGAGCAUAGCUACGGAUUGUACUCUGUCAAUUUUAGCGACCCCCAACGCAAGAGAUCUCCCAAACUCUCUGCCCUUUGGUACUCUGGUUUUCUCAAGGGCAAAACCACCUUUCUUGGUUCCCAAGGCAUCAUGCAAUCGCAUAGCAAUUUCUCGUCUUCCUCCUAGUACCAGGGUUGCUAUUAAAUAUGAUGUAUCCGGUUCAGUAUAUAGUCAGAUUCUUGAAUAGAAAAGAUCACUGAAGUUGUGUGAUACGAGCCAAAGAAUUCAGCUUCAACACGUACUGAAACGUUUGAUAUAAGAGAGAUAUUUAAGCAAAAACUUCCCUUUAACCCAACUCUUUCUUUUUGAGAAUUAGGUUAAUUGUUGGAGCUUGAGGCUGAGAAUUAGGUUAACCCAACUCUCUCUGUACUCUACUUGAAUGUAUAUAUUUACAAAA